CCUAAGAUAGCGCCUCGCAGCUCCUUUUUCGCCGUUCUGUUUCUAAGCGCAUUCCCAUUUACCCACCUUUACAUUUUCCACACCCCCAUCUUGUCACAGCCAUGGCACUGGCCCAGAACCCAGACGCCGCCAGGUCCUCCGACUGGGCAUUCAAGCAGCUGUUCAAACUCGAGUCCGAAUGCCGGUCGCAGGUUCCGGCAUCGCAAGUGCAGGCAAUCGGGCAAUUUUCCAAGCUGUUCGACCAGUUCCCGUUUCCGACGCUUGUUAGCUCGGCGUUCCUCAAACUGGGCGACUUGUUUCGGAGCAGCCCAAACUCGCUGAGGUUCCACAUCGCGCAGGUGUUCGAGGCGUCGCAGCACCACCUCCCUCAGAUCACACAUACCGAGGAGCUUCUCAAGCGCGUCCUUGGCGUGCUCUACUCCAACGACCCGAUUGCUCGCGCGCUGGCGCUGCGGCUCAUCGGCAACGGGUCGAUUGUGUUUGCCAGGUAUCCGGAGGCGCAGCACGGCGUGCUCUUGCGCUACCAGUCGACACACCCCCUGGAGAUUGCCGCCGCCGUGCAGACCACACAGUGCAUGCUCGACUACUCGCCAGGUUUCCUGGCCGUCGUGUGGGAGACGGUAAUCGGGAAGGCCGGAGACACACGAAUGCUCGACUCGGUGCGCGCGCAGCUGAUCCGCUCGCUGCAGCACGCCGCGCGCAAUCUGCAGCUCAGCGCCGUCCUCUACGAGCGCUGCCGCACGUGGAUGAGCCAGCCCGACAGCACCAUCGUUGUCCAGAACGCAACCAUGGCCACGUGGCGCGCAAUUAUUCAGCCGCACAACGAGCUCAAGCUCGAAGACGCCGAGUUUGUCUCGUGCUACGUGGACCACGAUCUCAGCAGCAUCCGGCGCGGGGCGCUAAGGCUGCUGCUGAAGUGGGUGCCUGUGGAUCAGGUGGCUGCCAUGGGCUUCGAGGAGGGUGUUGACAUAAUCAAGGACCGCCUGGUAAGCUACAUCAGGGCGCAGCUGCGCAACGGCGCUGGCGGAAUCGACCUGUACUGUGUCCGUCUGGCGCUGAUUGUCCUGGCGCGGGCCGAGGCCGCCACCGGAUUUCCGGGCGUCCCCGAAUGCUGGGAGCUCGCCGAGGCCUUUUCCAAGUGGAGCCUCUGUGUGUUUUCCGGGUCGGUCCCCAUGCAGCAGUCUGUGCUGGAGUUUAUCCAGAGCGGCAUGUGCGAGAGGCCUGCCGAGCGCGAUUUGGAAAUGGGUGAGCGAGGCCGCGAUGAUCAACAGAGGGCGGCGUUUGAGAGCGGCAGCGCCUCGGACUGUGCGGGCGGCAUGUAUCGCCAGCUGGUGGCCGCGGCAAUGCUAGCCGUCAACGUCGCUACGACACUGGCACAGCAGGAAUACAGGGAGGCUGCCGCUGCAAUUGUUGCGCGCUCGUGGGAGGCAAUUGCGCGUGUUCCCGUGCGCGCCGGCGAGAGCAAGUACACCAGGUGCUUCCUCAGAACGUCUUGGCGCUGGUGCCGGAGCGUAGGCAUGGCGUCUGCCAUUGUCGACAGCGUGUACGGCAUGCUAGGCUCGCCCAACCAGUACAUCACGCACGCCACAGUUGCUAUUGCCGCCGCCGGCCUGCUCGGAGCACAGUUGGCUGGCAGGUGCACCCAGCUUGUCGAAGCUUCUUCGGCCUUGCUCGCUUGCACAAGCAUGGCCGGCAGCGAGCAGCGGUCGAUCUGGUGCGCGCUGGCGGUCAUUCUGGCGCACAGCGCGCACAUCGGCAAUACCCCUGGCCAGGCGGUCCUUGAGUCGGCCAGCCCACUUGCGAUCGAAGCUGUGGCAAAGUGGUCGGCGCAUGUUGCAUUGAUACCGGAGGACGCGGCCGAGCGCUCGACGCUUUACGCGCGAUCGGGGCCGCCAGCGCACCUGUGUCAAAAGAUAAUAAGCCUGCUGGCGGCUGGCGGCAGCUGGCUGGCAGCUGGCUUAAUUUUCAAAGCGCUACCCACACCCCUGCUGAGUGACCAGACGCGCGGCUGGGUGCAUGCCAUGCACCUGCUUGCUAACGCCGAGUGCGCGCGGGACGACAGCGAUGUGUAUAUCAGCCUUGCCAGCCGCUCGCAGAGCCUUCUACGUAUACUCGACAACCAGGGGCUGCCGCGCCUGUACCAGCUGUAUAUAGUGCAGCUCCGCACAGAAAUGGUGCGGCUGCUAAGCGGGUGGCGGCACUUCCAACCGACCGCGCCGCCACACCCGUCAUCAGCGCUGGUGGCAAGGUCGCUGAUCAGCCGCACGCACCUGCUGGCUGACCAAACAAACCUUAUCCUGCAGACAUUCAUGACAAUCGACAAGGCCACUCGCGGCUGGCUGGCGCAAGUGCAGACGACCUUGGGCGCGAUAAUCAGUGCGGUCACUGAGUGCGGCGGUUUCCAACGGGGCGCUCAGCCAUCGGUGCUGGACAUCAGCAAGGCUGUGCUCGGCUCCGCCGGGUGCCAGACACCAGAGCUCCGCCUGGGCCCGUCUUUCUUCUCGACGCCGCUUAACCCCGACAUGAGCAUCGAAACGCGCCCCGACAUGGACGAUGCCGAGACAACCGUCACUGUGCUAUCCGGGAGCCAAUUCCAUCUCAUUGUCGAGGGCUUUUUGCGGCUCCCAAAGUGCAAACUGCCAGCGUCGCCGCGACGCAUCCGAGUCGCCGCUUGGCUUUCGAAGCAGCCGCAACGCAGCUCGAAUCAAGACUUAUUGGCGUGCUCUAAGCAGAACGCCGUCGCGAGGAGCGCCCAGCGCCCCACGCCGAGUGGGCGGUCUGCCAGCGAGCUGCCGGUGGCUGAGGAUGCCGCAUGGGACAAUGCGAUAGCAUUUGAGGCUGACCUCGAUGGCGCCUACUUCGAGUGCCCGUGCACCAUACCCACACCAUCGCUGCGCGCCCUGUUUGGCGAGUACGACACGAAUAUUGUUGCACACGUCCACAUCUCGUGUGCGCUGAUCGACGAUGCCGGCUGCACUUGGUGGAUCGGUCCACACAAGAGCUAUCCCCUGAUGAUAUCGACCACUGCAAGGGCUUGAUUAAAUUCUGCGCCAUAGGCUCUACCCCGUCUGACGGGCCCAUGGUUGGUUG